UGAUCGUCUACAGAAGCAUGACUGGCUUCACCUCAACCAGGAACAAGAAGAAGAAGAAGUGAAGUGUUAAUCUCGGCGAUAAUCCGAGGCAUGUGACGAAAGCCUACGCAAAAUUUCGUCACGUAUAUUCCUAUUAAAUUCGGCUCUUUGAGAUCUGCAAAUUUCGCCCCGAGCCAUAAUCGAAAUGGCCCAAUUACCUGAGACAAAACAACAGGCUGACGAGAAAGAAAUUGACAUUUACCGAGACACUCCUGUUCGAUUUCUAGGGUAUGCAAAUGAGGUUGGAGAAGCUUUCCGGACGUUGGUGCACAAAAACGUUGUCCACAGCAGCUAUGGCGUGGCCAGCCUCUAUGUCCUCGCAGACACAGUGGAUAAAUCAAAGAAAAUGUACAAUGCUAAUCAGGACAACCCUGAGCGCACCAAGAAGGUCAUGAUCGCCGCUGGAGACACUCUUGUGUGGCAGGCCUUGGCUUCUGUGAUCAUCCCCGGCUUCACCAUCAACAGGGUGUGCGCCGGCUCCUACUUCCUCAUGAAGCGCUUCAAGUUGGCGCCCAAGCCGGCCCGCAAGUGGCUGACCACGGCCAUCGGACUUGCCUGCAUCCCCUUCAUCAUCCACCCCAUCGACAACCUGGUCACUGUCUCCAUGGACAUGACCAUCAGAAAGGUGCUGAGCUCAGACCCCGCAGAGCAGAGCAAGUCUGACUGAAGACUAGGAUUCCUUAGAAAAUGAGAUUUAGAACAAGCCCUUAGAAAAGUUAAUUUUGCUCUAGUUAAGCACAAAUUUGCCUAAAUGCAUUUUUUACUGCCUUGCAUACAUAAUUGAUUUCAUAAUGGUAUUAAUAUUACCAGAAGAUAUUCAAGUUGUUGGAAUUUAAAUCAAAUGAGGAAAUUCCAGAUUGACUUUCAGGUUGUCUUAAAUACUCAGCUUUAAAGCCUAAAUACUUAACAUAUGCAGUUUUGCAUAGUGCGUUGUAAAUUUUUCAUAAUUUUCAUUAAAAGAUGUUAAUUGAUAAGCA